UAGAGAACCAUAAAAUUCAGAAAUGACAAUGACGAGCAUCAUAAAUCAAUCAGACAUGAAGGUGGACAUGAGAAGGUCUGCAAAUUAUAGACCCAACAUUUGGAAAGACGAUUUUCUGCAGUCUCUUGGCAGUAAAUAUGAUAAAGAAGAAUUUGUUGUGCAGUUAAACAAGUGGGUGAUUGAAGUAAAACGCCAUUUUGUUCAAGAGUUAGACAUUUUGCAAAAAUUAGAGUUUGUUGAUUGGAUUCAAAAACUAGGCCUUGCCAACCAUUUUGAGAGGGAAAUAGAUGAGUUUCUUGAAACUAUAUUUGUUUCUGUCCAAAACUUCAACAAAAUUAGUGUUCAACAAAAUAUGCACGUGUCUGCACUAUGCUUCAAGCUUUUAAGGCAACAUGGAUACAAUGUUUUUCCAUCUGAUAUACUAAGCAACUUCUUAGAUGUGAUGGACAAUAAAUUCUCUAGUAAUGCUAAAGAUAUUAUAGAGCUUCUUGAGGCCUCACAUUUGGGUUUAGAAGAUGAAAUAAUCUUGGAUGAUGCCAAAAUAUUUGCAAAAAAUUGGCUCAAAGAUGCUUUCAUUUCAUAUUCUAUCAAUAUCAAGGUUGUUGAAAGAGUGGUCCAUGCUUUGGAGCUUCCUUCCCAUUGGAGAGUACCAUGGUUUGAUUUGAAAUGGCACGUGAAGCAAUACCAAGCUAACAAAGACAUGGACCAUGUUUUACUUGAAUUGACAAAAUUAAACUUUAACAUAACACAAGCCAAACUUCAAAAAGAGGUCAAAGAAUUGUCCAGGUGGUGGGAGAAACUUGGAAUAAAAGAAAACUUGUGUUUUGCAAGAAAUAGGUUGGUUGAAAGCUUCAUGUGUGCAACUGGGGUUGCUUUCGAGACCAAGUAUGAAUCCUUGAGGAAAUGGCUCACUAAAGUGAUUAUUUUCGUAUUAGUGAUUGAUGAUGUGUAUGAUAUACACGCUUCAUUCGAAGAACUGAAGCCAUUCACAACGGCAUUUCAAAGAUGGGACGCCAAAGAAAUCGAAGACCUUCCAGAUUACAUGAAGUUUUGCUUCAAUGCACUUCAAGAUGUCACAAAUGAAAUUGCUUAUGAUAUUGGAGGAGAAAAGAACUUCAAUUUUGUGUUACAUUACCUAAAGAAAACGUGGAUUGAAUUUUGCAAAGCAUUAUAUGUGGAAGCAAAGUGGUACAAAACCGGAUAUAUUCCAUCGUUGCAAGAAUAUUUGAACAAUGCAUGGAUUACAUCUUCAGGGCCAUUAAUUCUACUUCAUUCAUAUUUUGGCACAGUGUAUGAAUUAACAAACGAGAUAGAUGAUUUUCCGCACAUAUAUGAUGAUUUGGUCUACAAUGUUUCUCUCAUCAUUCGGUUGUGCAAUGAUCUUGGAACCGCAGUGGCCGAAAGAGAAAGGGGUGAUGCAGCUUCGUCAAUUGUAUGUUAUAUGAAUGAAAGGAACGUUUCAGAGGAAGAAGCAAGAAAACAUAUACAAGACAUUAUAAACAAUGCAUGGAAAAGAAUUAAUGGACACUGCUCCAAUCAAGAUGCUUUUAUGGAACCAUUUUUUAAUCAAGCAAGAAAUGCAGCACGUGUCGCCCAUACUCUUUAUUUAAAUGGUGAUGGGUUUGGUAUCCAAGAUCGAGAUAUAAAAAAACACAUUUUAUCACUAGUUGUUGAACCCUUCUAGCAUUUUUUUUUUUUUUUAAGAUGUGCAAAUUAGGAUUUUCAUUGGGAUGUAUUGCAUUAGGAUUUGAAAGAAUUUUCAAGGGUUAAAUAUGUUUUUGAUCCCUAUAAAUAUAUCAACUU